GGAAGUCUUCAGAGUUUUCACUUUCACAAGAGCUCUUCUGAUAUGCUCAUAACUUAAGAUCUCUCCAUCUGCCUUGGAUUUCAGUGUCUCCUUCAUGGCAUCCUCUCUAGAAGAUGAUCUCUCGUGCCCAGUGUGUUGUGAGCUUUAUCAGGAUCCUCUGCUCCUCUGCUGUGGACACACUUUCUGCCGCCAAUGUCUCAGAAAACACUGGAAUGUAAACACCAGUCGGACAUGUCCCGUGUGUCGCACGGUGUCUCUGCAGGAACCCGUGGCCAACCUGGCUCUGAGGAACACCUGCGAGUCCUAUCGGAGGGAGAAAGAAAGGGAGAGGAAGGAGAGAGAGAGUGACGGUGAAGUCAAAUGUGCUCAACAUGGAGAGAAAGUCCAGUUCUUCUGUAAAACUGAUGAUGAGGUCAUAUGUUCGAAGUGCAGGAAAGAAAGUCACAGAUUGCACAGAGUUCAGCUUCUCACACAUGCUGCACGACAACGCAAGGACCGAAUUAAAGCUGCACUCCGUCCAGCUGAAAAAGCUCUGCAGUCUCUAAAGAAUGGCACCAGUCAAAAAGCUCAAAUUGCCAAGUACAUUCAGUCUCAGGCCCAGCAGGCAGAGAAGCAGAUAAAAACAGAAUUUGAGAAGUUUCACCAUUUCCUCAGGAAAGAGGAGGAGGCCAGAAUGACAGCACUGAAGAAAGAAGUGGCAAGAAAGAGAGGGAAGGUGGAGGAAAGGAUAGAAAGAGAGAUAUUGCUUCUUUCUGACAGAGUGAGGGAGGUGGAAGAAGAAAUGGAGACUGAAGAUGCCACAUUUAUGCAGAAUUAUAACUUUGUACUGCAGAGAGCUCAAUGCACAAUGUUGGAUUCAGAGUUACAUUCAGAAAAUCUCAUCAACAUGGCUGAACAUGUGGGGAAUCUGGGAUACCGAGUGUGGGAGAAGAUGACGGACAUCUUCCUUUACUACCCGGUCCUCCUAGAUCUAAACAGCGCUCCUGAGGACUUUUUCAUAUCAGAUGACCUGGCAAGUGUAGGAAAGUCAUCCUACAUCCGGCCGAACCCUAUUCCAUUUCAUGGGAACCGCUUGGUGCUGGGAUCUGAGGGAUACAGUGAUGGCUUCCACUGCUGGAACGUUGAGGUGGGAGACAGUAAGCACUGGACUCUCGGCGUGUGUCAACGCUCGGCCGGCAUGAAUUUGGUAGAACCUUUGACAGCUGAAAGGGGCUUCUGGGGUCUCAGCAGAAACAGGGAAUCCUACAUGCUUCUGACAUCCUGCAAAUACUCGUUCAGGAUACGCAAGAAGCCAAGAACAGUGCAGGUGCAACUGGGAUGGUGGUAUACCAUAGGCAACCUGAACAUAAGUCGGAUGGUGAGAUUUGUGGAUGUCAGCGAUGGAUCUGUGAUUGCAUGUUAUACUGGAAUUCCCAAUGGGGUGCUGUUGUUUCCAUUCCUGAUCCCAGAAGAGCGUUUUUCUUAUCUGCGCAUUGCUCCUGCUAAUCCAGCCCUGGUCAUACAGCGCACAUUUGUAGAGAGAGAAAAAAGUCAGAUGCCUGUUUACCUAAUAUAUUUGUCCCUAGUGGGUUUGAUCAUUUUUAUGUUAUUGUUUGGAGGGAGUGAGUGAGGUGAGUGAGUGAGCAAAUGAGUGAGCAAAUGAGUGAGCAAGUGAGCAGGUAAGUGAGUGAGUGAGUAAGUGAAUAAAUGAAUGGGUGAGUAAAUGAGUGAGUGAGUGAGUGAAUAAAUGAGUGAGUAAAUGACUGAGUGAGUGAGUAAAUGAGUGAGUGAGUAAACAAGUGAGUGGGGAUUAAAAAAAAGACCUGCAACAUUGUGAAACUUUGCUAUAAACUAACUCUCAUUCCUAAGCAUGUUGUUAAAAGCCACCUCUAAUGCAAAAGCUGGAUAUUUUAGUAUUAUGUUUGAUGUUGAGUGAAUUGUACAUAAACAAACCUAAAUCAAUCAAUCAAUACAUACAAUUUAAGGUAUCAUUAUACUUUUUGCUAAACAUUAGAGUACUACAAUGACAUGUCACUUUUACUUUUAUUCAAGUAAUUUAAUAGGAAUAGCAAACUACAGGCAUCCAGGCAAUUUGGACCUUCAGAUAAUUCAGGCACUGUCUGCUAGCUCCAUAAGCGUUUUCAGUAUAGCCUAAAAAUAUCUAUUUGUAGCUAUUAUUACUAACUGACCAUUUGAGUAUGCAGUAGUGAUGGAAAUUUGACUUCACAGUGCGCAGGUUGUUGCAUCUCUGCAGGUGGAAAAUGGCAAGGACUCAGUCUCAGAGUGAGAAAGUUGAUUUCUUCAUUUAUUUUUAUAAAAACUCACCUGAAUUAGUUGAUUUUGUGCCAGGUACGCUAAAUUACCCAACAACAUUGCCCAUUAUAUAGGUGAAUAACUUCCAGUACUGAAUUGUUAUGUUUUAAGUUAAAUGAAAGAAACUAACCAGCUAGUUGGGUUAAGUACAGAGCAGCGCAGAACUACUAUUUUCUCAGUUUGCUUUUGAGUGAACAUUUGUGCAAGCCAUUAUACAGUGUGCUUAUUCUUUUUAUUUUCUUUAAGUCAUGCAAAUUUAAAUUAGGCUUUUAUGCCCAUAUAUACAAUUUAACUGUCCAUACAUUAAAAAAGAAAGACCCAAGAUUCAGCCAGACAGAUUGCAGAAUAAAAAAAAAAAUUAAUUAACUACAUCUUAUUCAAACGCCAAAAUCAGAUGGAUGGUAAACAAAGAAACAAAGAGAGCAUUAAAUUAUUACAUUUACAAAACAUCUUUCUCAGAUGAACGGUUGCUUUGGAAAGUAGAGAAUUACACAAGUAUAAUAGAUUUAUUAUAGCAUAUUUAGAAAGGAUAUGAAGUUUCUGUAGCAUAUUUGCUAGAUAUUAUGUACAAUGAGAAAAGUUACUAAGGUUCAAGUAACUGAGUAAAAAUGUAUUUUAUAAAGACAGCAGAAAGAGUGCACUCUGGUGGUGAUCACACAUUAUUGUUCCAUUAUUAAAUUAAUUAAAUCAAAAAAGGAAUAUGGGUCAUUACAUGUCACGUCACAAAGAUCAUCAAAUAUUAAUUUUGGGGCCCCUGAUAGAAUACAAUAUAAAAAAUUUUAUAUGUAUUUAUUGAAUGUAAAACAAACUGUGCAAAUAAAUAGAAUUUACAGUUUAUUUAAGUCUAAGGAAUUUCAUCCAUGUUCUUUUUAGAAACAUU